AGGGGUCUUCCUGCUUCUUUCUUGUCAUGCACAACUACUGAAGAAGGGGCUGGGAGAAAAGAGCAAAAUGGAGAGAAGGAAGAGUCCAUUCAAACCAAGAAACAAAGUGUUUGGUUUGUCUUACCCUUUUUUUUUUUUUUUUUUUAGACAGGGUUUCACCAUGUUGGUCAGGCUGGUCUUGAACUCCCGACCUCAGGUGAUCUGCCCACCUUGGCCUCCAAAGUGCUUGGAUUACAGGCACGAGCCACCAUGCCCGGCCAUUUUUUUUUUUUUUUUUUUUUUUUUGGUCUUACCCUUGAUGUAGAAGCUAGCAACCUUUUCCAAGGAGGGCCUGGCCUCUUCUAGGGUCUGGCUGGGUUCCUGCUGCGCCUCUCAGGCCUCUCCUCCAAAGGGCACCAUUCCUUGGACAGAUGUGCUGAGGCUUUAGAAAGUGCUUUUUAUUUGGCUGGGAGCUUGUGAAUAAAUGCGAGAGAGGCUGCACAUCUGACAGACUAUAAAGGCGACUCAUGGCUGAACUGGAACAGGAUAUCAGGGAGAAGCCAGCAGGUGAAGAUAAACAAGAAGGCACAAAUCCAUACUUGCCAAUGGACCCGAGUGAUAACAACAAACCCAGUGACACCUGUCUAGAGCUGGUGCUUAAGGUCAGAAUUCAGAGCCCCAAAGAAAAUGACUUCAUUGAAAUUGAACUGAAGAGACAAGAACUGAGUUACCAAAACUUACUAAAAGUGAGUUGCUGUGAACUGGGGAUUAACCCAGAGCAAGUGGAGAAGAUCAGAAAGCUACCAAACACCCUGCUCAGAAAGGACCAAGACAUUCAAAGACUGCGGGACUUUCAGGAAGUAGAACUCAUUUUAAUGAAAAAUGGAAGCUCCGAAUUGACAGAGUAUAUACCAUCUCUGACAGAAAGACCCUGCUACAAUAGCAAAGCUGCAAAAAUGACUUACUAAAUAAUCCCAGGAAUGGCCAGGAAUGGUGGCUCACACCUGUAAUCCCAGCACUUUAGGAAGUCAAGGCAGGCGAAGCACCUGAGGUCAAGAGUUCUAGACCAGCCUGGCUAACACAGUGAAACGCCCGUCUCUACUAAAAAAAAUACAAAAAUUAACUGGCUGUGGUGGCACACACCUGUAGUCCCACUUACUUGGGAAGCUGAGGCAGGGUAACCACUUGAACCCGGGAGGUGGUGGUUGCAGUGACCUGAGAUCGUGCCAUUGUACUCCAGCCUGGGUGACAGAGACUCUGCCUCUUGAAAUAAAUAAUCCCAGAAAUAAAAAAACUGAAAUUAUUUUGUAAAUAAUGAAGUCCGGAUGCAUAUAAUAGUUUGGCUAACUUCAUGUCUGAACUGUGAGAAAUGUUUCCUCAUCUCCAAAUUCUCUGGGCUGAGAGUUCGGUGUUUUGACAAACAGUUGUAAAACAAAAUUACAAGGUAUAAUAGACCACAGGCAGUUUAUUUUGUAGAGUUGUGCCCCAAUCCUGAUGAGUGUAGGUGUCCCUUACAAGAUUGUAAGGCCAGGUGUGGUGGUUCACACCUGUAAUCCUACCACUUCAGGAGGCUGAGGCGGAGAAUUGCUUGAACCCAGGAGGCAGAGGUUGCAGUGAGCUGAGAUUGUGCCACUGCACUCCAGCCUGGAUGACAGGGCAAGACUCCAUCUCAGAAAGGGAAGGAAUGAAAAAAAAAAAAAAAAAAAAAAAAAAGGCUGUGUCGUGGCUCAUGCCUGUAAUCCCGGUUACUUUGAGAGACUGACGCAGGUGGAUCACAAGGUCAGAAGUUCAAGACCAUACUAGCCAACAUCUCUAUUAAAAAUACAAAAAUUAGCCAGGUGGAGAGAGCUUGCUCUUGGUGUAUCUAAAGCUAUCAGUUACUCCUCGUAUGUGUUGGAUGAACUCACAGCCUAGCCCUAAGCUCAUACUGAGGGGAUCCAAGUCUUAACUGGGAGCAUAGCUGAGAAGUAACAAUACUACUGUAAAAUGACAUAGGGCCUUAGUUACAUGAAUCUUAUGAAUUUGCAAGUGCAAUUUAAAUUUCACUUUCCUCCUUUUAAAGAACAAACAUUUUUGUUAACACUUCACGGUACCCCUAUUAAGAUCAGAACUAGACCAAAGCAGCCACCUCUCUGAGGUGAUAAACUAACUUGAGCCUGGGGAAGGAGUACAGCACAGUCCACCAGUUUUCCUUCCCAGAAUGGCAUAAAUCUGAGAAAAGCUUCUUUGGAAGCUGCUCAAGUAGGAAGACAAAAGCAUCGGCUCCCUGGCUAGCAGCCAAGUAAAACUUAGGUUAAGAUGAAAAUAUCACAGAAAACAUAUAUUUAGGUCUUGUUUUCUAGCUUUUUAAGAACUACAAUUAGGACCUUAAAUUUGGGCUGGGCGCGGUGGUUCAUGCCUGUAAUCCCAGCACUUUGGGAGGCCGAGGCGGGUGGAUCACGAGGUCAAGAGGUCGAGACCAUCCUGGUCAACAUGGUGAAACCCCAUCUCUACUAAAAAUACAAAAAAUUAGCUGGGCAUGGUGGCGCAUGCCUGUAAUCCCAGCUACUCGGGAGGCUGAGGGAGAAUUGCCUGAACCCAGGAGGCGGAGGUUGCGGUGAGCUGAGAUCGCGCCACUGCACUCCAGCCUGAGUAACAAGAGCGAAACUCCAUCUCAAAAAAAAAAAAAAGGCCUUAAAUUUGAAGGCUGGGCACAGUGGCUCACUUUGGGAGGCCAAGGAAUGCCCAAUUAUUUGAGUUCAGGAGUUCGAGACCAGCCUGGCCAAUAUGGUGAAACCCCAUCUCUACUAAAAAUACAAAAAUAUGAGCCAGGUCUGGUAGUGCACACCUGUUAACACCAGCUACUGGGGAGGCUGAGGCAUGAGAAUUGCUUGAAUCCAGGAGGAGGAGGUUGCAGUGAGGUGAGAUUAUGCCACUGCACUCCAGCCUGGGUGACAGUGACAGUCUGUCUCAAAAAAAAACAACAAAAACUUAAAUUGGGCCCUCAAGAAACAGCAUCUUUGAAUUUGUCACUCAUUUAAGGAUUUUAUGAAAUGCACUGUAAUUGGCUGGGUGCAAUGGCUCAUGCCUAUAAUCCCAGCACUUUGGGAGGCUGAGGCGGAUGGACCAUGAGGUCAAGAGAUCGAGACCAUCCUGGUCAACAAGGUGAAACCCCGUCUCUACUAAAAAUACAAAAAUCAGCUGGGCAUGGUGGUGCGCGCCUGUAGUCCCAGCUACUCAGGAGGCUGAGGCAGAAUUGCUUAAACCCAGAAGGCGGAGUUUACAGUGAGCCGAGAUUGUGCCAUUGCACUCCAGUCUGGGUAACAGCGAAACUCCGUCUCAAAAAAAAAAAAAGUAAUACACUAUAGUUUAUAUAUCUAUUAAUAACUACAUACACGAAGACAUUUUCCUAUUUUUAUUUAAGAAAUAUCAUUGGUGAGCCGAGAUCGUGCCAUUGCACUCCAGUCUCGGUAACAACAGCGAAACUCCAUCUCAAAAAAAAAAAAAACACUAUAGUUUAUAUAUCUAUUAGUAACUACAUACACGAAGACAUUUUCCCAUUAUUUUUAUUUAAGAAAUAUCAUACAUACAAAAGCACAUAAACAUACAGCUUAAAAAAGAAAAUACCGACAAGACUUCAGAAAUAGAGCCUCACCAGUUCCUCUGAAGACCCCUCUCUGCCCUCAUCAUCACCUCUCCCUUCAUCAAAAUAGCUAUUACUUCCUUUUAUCAUGUAUUUGACAGCCUGUUUUUGGACUUUCAUCGAAAUGGAACCACAGUGGAUGUAUUCUUCUGUGACUUGCUUUUUUUAACCCCUUGAUUGUUGAGUUUUGUCCAUGUUCACAUGCAGGGCUGCAGUGUUUCACUUCUGUGGAAUUCCACUGUUGGAAUAUACCACAGUAUUUAUCCAACACACUUUUGGUGUACACUUGGGGUUUUCCCAGGUUUUUUCUUUUCUUCCUAUUACACGCAAUGCUGUUAGGACAUUCUUAAAUCCAUCCCCUGGUACUCAUGUGUAAGAGUUUCUCUAGGGUAUGCAUCCAGGAGUAUAUGGCUACGAGAGAGGUUAUGGCACAUGCACUUAUGCCAAAUUGUUUCCUGUUUCCCAAAGUUGCUGUUUCUAAACAUUCUUAAAUCUGUUAACAGAUCUAUUUGGAAUGGCUGAGGGGAAGAAAUAGAUCAGCUAUGAAACUCUUGAAUUUUUAAAAUAGUAAAUUCAGAAAUUUUUAAAAUUUCAAAAUUCUGAUACAAUGAAAAAUACAAUUUCCUUCUCUGCUUUGGCUUACUUGAAAUGUACUUUUAAAAACUACAGGUUCAACUCAAAAGUGCUGUCUCCUUUACCUCAAAAUAAAUGUUUCUAAACAUUACCAGGUGAAAACAGUAAGACUCAGAACAUAUGGAUAUACCAUCAUAUAUUUUAUAGGAUCUAUAUAUGUUUAUAUUUCCUCCCACCUUCCCACAAAAAAAAAAAAAAAAAAAAAAAUCUUGGAAUAACUGUUAAACAGUAGUAGUUCCUGGAGAUUAAGAACAGAGGGAUAGGAGUAGGAGACAUAGAUCACUAAACACUUAAAAAAAAAAAAAAACCAUAUGCAACAUUACAGUUGUAAUACAAAAUUUCAG